UCUCUCUCUCUCUCUCUCUCUCCCAUAAACCCUUCCCUCCUGAAGUUGCAGAUUCGGGAGAAGUGUAGUAUAGAAUCGCCUCUCGCUCCGCCGCCGUCGGUUGCCGUCGCCUCCGCCGUUGAUAUUAUCGAGAAUGGCCUACAUUCAGUAUGGUAGAAAUAUCCUCCGCCAGGUGAAGACUGUCAAAGACCAUACGUUCCUUCGGGGCUCUGAUCGGAUGUUGCACCAUCCGUUGCUAUAUGCUGGUCAAGGUGUUAGAUACAGAAAAUUGGAAGUCAUUCUCACGACGACAAUAGACAAGCUAGGCAAAGCUGGAGAGACAGUGAAGGUUGCUCCUGGUUAUUUCCGUAACCAUCUCAUGCCCAAGUUGCUUGCCGUUCCAAAUAUUGACAAAUUUGCUCAUCUCAUUAGGGAGCAGCGCAAGAUUUACCAACCUAAAGAAGUUGAAGAAGAGGUUAAAGAAGUUAAAAAGGCAGAUGAAGAUGAGUUCAACGAAAAUCAGACAGCAGCAAAAAGGCUUGAUAAUGCUAAGCUGGUUUUGAGAAGGUUCACCGGUGUUGAUAAUGAGUUGCGUUCACCUGUGACAAAAGAUGAACUUGUUGCUGAGGUAGCGAGGCAACUUUUUGUGGAAAUGAAACCUGAAAACUUGCAUCUCCCAACUCCUUUGUCGGCUUUGGGAGAGUUUGAGGUGCCACUCCGCUUGCCAAAGUCUAUUCCUUUGCCACAGGGAAAAGUCCAAUGGACCCUUAAUGUUAAAAUCCGGCGGAAAUGAACAAAAGUCCCUUUUUCUUGCUGUAAUUUUUAUGGUUUUGGUGCCUACUUGGAUGACAGAUUUGGCCUUAGUUUAGUCCUAAACGGAGCCGUGUAUUGCACCCUAUUUGGGAACACCCAAAAUUUUGUAUUCUUACCAAAGAUGUAGUUGUCCGCCCAGUUGAGUGCAAGAGUGUUGGAUUUGUUCCUAAAUACUGUGCCAAUAAUCCCAAUGAUGAUCCUUAAUAUUCACACA